AUGUCCAAUCCGAAAAUCUUACUUCUGUCACUCGCUGGAUUUCGUUAUGAUUAUUUGGACAUAGCUGAAAGUAGAAAUAUCGAUAUCUCAGCGUUUGACAAAAUUGGAAAAAUUGGCGUCUAUAUAAGGCAAAUACAAAGUGUAUUUCCAACCAUGGAUUAUCCCACACAAUUUUCUAUAGCAAAUGGACUCCAUCCUGAGAGUCAUGGGGUUGUGGCGAACGAAUUUUUUGAUCCGAUACUUAACAUAUCGUUUGAUGUGAAUGAAAGGCGUUCCGACUCGCAAAUUUAUGAUGUCGGCAGUGAGCCGAUAUGGGUAACAAAUCAGAUGCAUAAUUAUACAAGUGGAGUUAUCAACUGGAUUGGAAGUGAAGCGAAAAUCAAAGGCCAGUUACCCACUCGUGUAGAACCACGAGGAUUUACUUCCAAAUCGUUUAUCGAACAUAUUGAUAAUUUGAUUGAUUGGUUUGACAAGGAUAAUAUCACUCUUGGUCUUAUGCAUUAUGAUCAACCUCUAAAAAGUGGAGAAGCAUACGGGCCAGGAAGCGACGAAGUUCUUAAAGAAAUAAAGGAAAAAUCACUAUACGAGGAAUUGAAAGAAAAUGACAAUGUAAACGUUUAUUUCAAAAAUGAAAUACCUGCACACUUGUUCUACAAUUCAAGUGUGCGGAUUGGUUUUAUCGUCUCAAUUGCAGAUCCAGGAUUCGUAACCAAUGAUAUUGAUCCAAUUGGUUCAUUAUUCCAUUAUAAAGGCUACAGUGGAUAUGAUCCAUCCAACUUAGAGAUGUCCACGUUUCUUAUGGCAACAGGUCCACAUAUAACUCAGAAAAAAAAUGUUCAACACAGUUUCAAGUUAGUCGACAUAUAUUUAUUGGAACCUGCUCCAAAUAAUGGCAGUGAAGAACGUGUCCGACCAUUACUGAGAUGCGUAAGUUUGUUCAAAAUAAUUCAGUUAUCGAUUAUUAAUAGUAAAGUAACUGUAUACAGUUUCACGUGA